GCUGUCACUUGGGAACCCGCAUAAGCGGUCGAUGGAUGACGUGCUAAAACGAUUGACGUCGAAAAUGAACAAUAGUACUAUUAAAGAAGAGAAGAGGCCUACUCCGUCGACUACGCCUGUUAAGCAGAACAACGACAGACGAGGAGUACUAGACGCGGCAGCAAUCCAGGCGUUAGCUGGCGAGAGUGUGCUGGAAAAGGAAAGCAGCUGUCCGAGAUGAUUCUGCAGCUGCAGAUGGUGAGGGAGCAGCUGUUGGCGCAGCAGGAGCAUGCUAAGAAUAUCGGCAACGUGACAGCCGAGUUGGAGUUCCAAAGACUGCAGCAGGAACAACUGAGGAGACAGGAGUUGGUUCGGCGCGGGCAACAUGGACUGUACCCUGGGCCACCACUGUCUCUACUGCCGAUGUUGGAGCAAAUGAGGGCUCAGCAGCCGAAUGUGGGUUCCCCCUGGCCAGCGACCGCGCAGCUAGCACAGCUGACCGCCAGCGCGCGCUCCCCGCCGCCCGACCCGGACGCGCCCCUCAACCUGAGCAAGCAGCGCUCCCCCUCCCCCGCGCCGCUGAUGCUGCCCCGCUUCGCCCCGUACCCGCCUGUGCACUCCCCCCAGUAUAGCAUGAAGGAGGAUGACUACAACCCGCAGUGCAACACAUCCUCUUGGGGCCAAUCGCCAGCCGAGGACACCGAAAAGGCCAAACUCGUCCGCCAACCGAAACGCGACGAGGCCGGAAAACCCCAUAUAAAGCGACCAAUGAACGCCUUCAUGGUCUGGGCUAAGGACGAACGCAGGAAGAUCCUGAAAGCCUGUCCCGAUAUGCACAACUCGAACAUAUCCAAGAUAUUGGGGGCGAGGUGGAAGGCGAUGUCCAAUGCUGAGAAGCAGCCGUAUUAUGAGGAGCAGUCGAGACUGUCAAAGCUCCAUAUGGAGAAACAUCCUGAUUAUAGGUACCGGCCGCGGCCCAAGCGAACCUGCAUAGUCGACGGCAAGAAAAUGCGGAUAUCAGAAUACAAGAACCUGAUGCGCACGCGCCGCCAGGAGAUGCGGCAGCUCUGGUGCCGGGAGGGGGGCAGCGAGCUCGGUUUCCUCCCCUCGCUUUCAUCCCCCGGGCCUUCGAAUUCUUCCCCCCCUCCGAAUGGGGGUAACUAUAUGAACCCCGGAUUCUCCCCGCCAUUGUCUCCGCGAUCGGAGGAUUGAGGGACGGCGCGCGGCUGGCCCUACCCCCACGCCGCGCCCCUCUCCCUUCCCCCCUCUCACCACCCUUGGUAACUUAACUUCUAGGUCUUCUAGAGGUAUGGAACAUUAUUUGUGCUACUCGCCUCAAAACUCAGGCGAUAUCGAUGCCAGUGUCACGAUUGGAUCUCUCUCGUUUUUACAAAAUGUCUAUAAUUAUGAGAUUAUUCCAUUAGUGAAAUAAGUCUUGGGCCCUUUAGGGGUUGGAAUAUUUGGCGUUUAUGUAAAAUUGUGCCAAACGUAUAACCAACAAUUAGGGAAUUAGAAAAGUGUAUAUAACUUCAAUAUUUAAAAAGUCUUCGGGCAUGUACAUACGUCAUUGUAGAUAACUUUUUGGCUUAUGUAGCGUAAGUUUCAGAGAUUAGAACUAUCUAGGUACCUUUUAACUGUUGUAAACUUGGAGUGUUCCGAGGAUUAUGUAUGUAGACGCUUUAGAUUAAAAUCGAGAAUAUAUCAAACCAAAAAUUCGAAGCGUAUGCUUGAAAAUUGUAGUGUUUUGAACACAGAACUGUUUAGAAUCCAGUGAGAUCUGUUAAAGCAUAAUGAUUGUAAUAAAGUAAUAAUCUUAAUACUCAUAGGUUUAGUAGAAAUCGCUACUAUUGUAAGAUACAGGUUAAUUGGUAUUUGUAAGAAUAGUGAAAAUUGUUUAUCAUUUUCUACGGAUUUUUUUGAAUCUUUAUAAAAGAUUGUGUUUGAACCAGUGUGCACAAAGCUUUACAUGGUUGUCAAUUCAAUAAUUGUCAAUUGUUUUUAUACAAACCAGUGUUUUUUUACACGAGAUUAUUUUUCGCCAAGCAGGCUUGGCCUCUAAAUGUAGUAUUAAUAUAGAGUUACAAUUUGACGUGACUACCAAUUCUGACAUCAAAUUCCAUUGGUAUUUUAUUGUAAACUGAAAAAUUGUAACCAUAUACAAUUUUGACAUAGUUCCAUAAAUGAGCCAAUCCAUAUAAAGCAAUAGAUUUUUUGUUUGAAACAAGGACUUAGACACUAGCGCCAUCUGUGGGGCUGUUAUAAUAAUCAAUAAGGAGUUAUCUAUGAAGUAGUGUCAACGCGUACGGUUGUCUAUUUUUUGGUUUUAGCAAAAAUGUAUUAAUUUUUAAAAUUUAUAUUGGCUGGAUUAUUUAUGUGUAAUUAUGUCAAGUUUGAUAAAAUUGGCACGAGUGUAGAUACGGUAUUAUCCCCACCGCCCCGUGGGUUAUUAUUAAUAAAAUUAAAAAGUUCGCUUUAUCAAAUCGUGCAAUUUACAUUAUUAGGAAAUAGUCUAAGCUAUAGGUACAAGCAUAAUAAAUAAAGUGUCAUUACUUAGAAAAAGGGACUUACGAAAUGUUGGCUCUAGCCAAGCCCAUUGGUUCAUUUUCCCAUAAGACGACACAAAAUUUAGCGUUUAUAAGUACAAUACAAUGUUGUAUAGAUAUUUAGAUAUAAACCGUGGUUGUUUGACGUUAAUUGCCAUUUAUAAUUUUUGUUAUUUAUUUUUCUUAAAGUUUUCGUUUCUCUUUUUUAUUUGUAACGCUGUAUGCCAGUAAUGAGAUGCGUAGUCUAGUGUAAGAGUAAAUUAAAAAAAAUGUGUACGUGGAUUAAUGUUUAUGGACUAAGUAGUGUGUAUUUCUUAGUAAAUGUGUAAGGGUUUAGACAGUGCCGUUAAAUUAUUUAUUUUUAUGUUGAAUACAUGUAAAUACGCGAUAUUUGAUGGUAAACGUUAGUGAUGUGGUUGUUUAAUUAUUGAUACUUAAUACUUCACCUCUGGAUGUGUCCAUUUUCUUUUCAUUCCAUUCUUUUUUGCAAUGUUUUGAUCCUCUUGGGUACGGAAAGCAAAAUCGUUCUAAAAUGUAAACUGGUUUAAUCCUAACUAAUGUGUCAGAAAUCUUAUACCUAAUAAAUAAUUUGUACAAUAUGGUAAAAAUGACGACAUUACAUGUCGUCCCUUUUAAAUCAAUUUAUGUAGGUAUGAAAACGGGACGACAUUGUAAUGUUGGCAUUAUAAAUUUUGACUCUUUUUUUUUAGCAGAAAUAUAUGACUACGUGCCAUGUUGCGGAAUGUUGCAU